ACAGCCCUCGGGCAAUCAGGGUAGAGCCCCCUAGCACCAGGUGGGCUCUGAGCUAGCACUGGGUGGGGCAUGUCGGCCUUUCUGGGCAAGGACUGUCCCAGCGGCAGUCCUCUUCCCCCCCCCCCAAGCAGAGGCCAAGCUGCUCAGGAAGGGCUGGCCUAGGUUAGAGCUAGGAGCAGGGCUGGGGCAGGGAUAGGAGCAGGGCUGGGGCAGGGGCAGGGCUAGGCGUAGCAGGCUUUGAAGGCUUCCCUUGAAGUCAUCCUUCCAGGUUGCCAGGCCCUGGUGCUAGCCCUUUGACCCCUGUGCCUUCUUGGCCCAGCCUCCAUUCCAUGUCACUCAGGGCCUCGAGCUUUCCUGGGCUGAGGCUGGGUCCUCCAUGACUGUCCAGCUCUGGAGCUUUGGCUGGGAGCCAGGCCUGGCCCCCCAGCCCUCAUUUUCUCAGGGGCAGCCCUAAGCCUUACGAGGAGUGCGGAGGUCUGCCCCUGACCCAAUGACAGUCCCAGAGCCUGUUUUCAGGGCCAUGGAUGGAGGUGCAAUGCCUGGGUCUUCCUGAGGGCCACGAAUGACACCCCUGCCUGGCAGAGAGGUGGGGAGCAGGUGACAGGUGCACGCUCUGUGCUGCUGUGGUCCAGGCAGGAGCGUCUCACCUGACCAGGGUGGCCUAGGAGGCAGGGUUCUCCAUUGCUGGGGGUACCCAGGAGCCAGCCCUUCUCCCCUCCCGCAGCCCCAGGGCACAAAGCCCGUCCCCCGCAGAGAUGCCAUCGGCCUUUGAGAGGGUGGUCCGGAGUGUGGUCCGGGAGCUGGACUGUGGUGGGGCGCUCAUCCCUGUGGAGAGCCUGCGGAGCUCCACCGGCUUCCAGCCCUACUGCCUGGUGAGCAGGAAGCCCUCCAGCUCCUGGUUCUGGAGACCCCGGUACACGUGUGUCAACCUGUCCAUCAAGGACAUCCUGGUGCCCGACGCCCCGGAACCAGAUCCCGUGCAUGACAGCUCCUUCCACUUCUACGACGCCGUGGACGGGCAGCUGCAGGGCAGUGUGGCGCUGGCAGCCCCAGGACAGGGGAGGCUUGCGGGCAAGGCCAUGGUGUCGGGCAGCACCAGUGUCUCCAUGAAUGUGUGCUUGCUGCGUGUGGGCUCGAAUACUUGGGAGGCCCUGCACCAAGAGAGGCGUCUGAGGCAGCCCGAGCCUAAGAUCCUGCAGCAGCUGCGCAGCCGCGGAGAUGACGUGUACGUGGUGACAGAGGUGCUGCAGACACAGAGGGAGGUGGAAGUCACCCGGAGCCAGAAGCGGGAGGGCUCGGGCCGGUUUGCACUGCCCGGGGCCAUGUGCUUGCAGGGCGAGGGCCAGGGCCACCUGAGCCAAAAGAAGACGGUCACCAUCCCGUCGGGCAGCAUCCUUGCCUUCCGGCUGGCCCAACUGGUUAUUGGCUCUGACUGGGAGGUCCUCCUCGUGCCGGAUAAGAAGCAAAGGACUUUCGGGCCGCCUCCUACAGUGGCCAGCACUGCCCUCCCUCUCCUGGCCUUGUGCCCUCACCCAGGCCUCAAGCCUCCCAGUGGCGCAGGUGGCCAGCUGCAGCAGGACUCGGGCCGCUCUGUGAUCAGGUCCCUCCGUGACCACUUCAAGUUUCUGACAGAUGGGGCCUCUGAGGAGUGGGACGACACCCAAGACUUCCAGGGCCUGCAGGCAGAGGUGGAAGCCGGGGCCCAGGCACUGCAGCAGAUGGAGCUGGAGCUGAGCAGGCAGCUACGGGAGGGCCUGGCUGCUGUGCUGCGGAGCCCACCAGCCCUGCAAGCCUUGGAGGAGUCGCUGGAGCAGGGCCUGUGCUACGGGCGGGCAGAGCCCCUGGAUGGCCCGGCAGGCGCUGUCCUCGAGUGCCUAGUGCUCCCCUCCAGAGAGCUGGUGCAGGAACUUGCAGUCCCGAUCUGCUACCUCGUGGGUGCACUGGCCGUGCUGAAUGACACCCAGCGUGCAUUGCUGGCCAUGGCGUUGGAGACCGGGGCCCUGCCAGGGCAGCUGGACCUGGUGACAAGUGUACUCCAGCAGGGUAGCCCCUGGCAGCAGUGCAGAGCCAUAUCCCUGCCUCCUGAGCUCCUGGGCCACAACUGGGGCCAGGAGGUGCUUGCCUGGAUCUUGUUGGAGGAAUGUGGCCUGGAGCUGCAGGUGGGCGCUCCCCACGUGUGCUGGGAGCCGCCGGCCCAGGACCCCACCUGCGCGCUCUACGCCUCCCUGGUCCUGCUGUCAGGACUGGGCCAGGAGCCCAGCUAACCUGCACAUCUGCAGCCCGGCAGCCCUCCAAUCAGGCUGAGCUUGUGCCCAGCAGCUACUAGCCCUAGGAAGGCCAAGAGCCCCUCAGCCCUGUGGGCAGUUCAGCACAGGCCCGGAAGCUCGAAAACCCAAUAAAUGGAGUUUAUGAGGAAAAAA